AAAGUUGUUUACGUCGUUCUUUCAGCCCCUCCUCUCUCUCUUUUUUUUUUUUCGUUAUAUGUUUGUCGGCUUGUUGUGAUUCGUUUAAAUAAUUUCCUUAAAAUAAUCAUUAUCAUGGAAGGAAAGCCUAUUCAAUGCAAAGCUGCUGUUGCUUGGGAGCCGAAGAAGCCUUUGUCUCUUGAAACCAUUGAAGUAGCUCCUCCAAAAGCUGGAGAAGUAAGAAUUAAGAUUCUUGCUACAGCUGUUUGUCAUACUGAUGCUUAUACAUUAGAUGGUUUGGAUCCUGAAGGUAUCUUUCCAUGCAUUCUUGGCCAUGAGGGAGGAGGUAUAGUUGAAAGUGUUGGUGAAGGAGUCACUUCUGUAAAACCUGGUGACAAUGUUGUACCACUCUAUAUUCCACAGUGUGGUGAUUGUAAAUUCUGCAAAAGUUCCAAAACCAAUUUGUGCUCAAAAAUUCGAGCAACACAAGGAAAAGGUGUUAUGCCUGAUGGUACAAGUCGAUUUACUUGUAAAGGAAAAACUGUAUAUCAUUUUAUGGGAACUAGCACAUUUUCUGAAUACACUGUAGUAGCUGAAAUAUCUGUUGUAAAGGUUGAUCCUAAUGCUCCAUUAAAUAAAAUCUGCCUUUUGGGUUGUGGAAUACCAACUGGUUAUGGCGCUGCUUUGAAUACAGCUAAUGUGGAACCCAAUUCAAAUGUUGCAAUUUGGGGCCUUGGCACUGUUGGAUUGGCAGUUGCAAUGGGAUGUCAAGAACGGGGAGCUGCUAGGAUAAUAGGGGUUGAUAUCAAUCCCGAAAAAUUUGAAAUUGCUAAGCAAUUUGGAUGUACAGAGUUCGUAAAUCCUAAAGAUCAUCAAAAACCAAUUCAGGAAGUUUUGAUUGAGAUGACUGAUGGAGGAUUAGAUUAUACUUUUGAAUGCAUUGGAAAUGUUUCCACUAUGAGAGCAGCUUUAGAAUCUUGCCAUAAAGGUUGGGGCCAAAGUGUUAUUAUUGGAGUGGCAGGAAGUGGACAAGAAAUAUCAACUCGUCCUUUCCAAUUGGUUACUGGUCGGGUAUGGAAGGGUUCAGCAUUUGGUGGUUGGAAGAGUAAGGACAGUGUUCCAAAACUGGUUGAUCAGUAUUUGAAUGGAAAAUUGAAGAUUGAUGAAUUUGUCACUCAUGAGCUUAAAUUUGAUGAUAUUAAUGAAGCUUUCCAUUUGCUGCAUUCUGGAAAAACGCUCAGAAGUGUUCUUAAUUUGUAAACCAGUAAUUCCUGAGGAAGAAAUCAUAUGAAACCAAAAAUUUCAAUGUGUGCCACUAUUUUUCUAAAAAUAUUUGCAAUGAAGCGAUUUAUUUUUUGAAUAAAAUCAUGUUUUCUUUUUUUCCCAGUA